UUAAAGAAGAUUUGGAAGCCACAGUCGCAGAAAUGGUGUACGGUGAACCUUUAAGACUCCCUGGAGAGCUGUUAAUAGCUUCCUCGUCAAUAGAAAAAAUUGAGGAUGCCACCGACUUUGCGGUACAAUUGCGUAACAAAAUGUCAUCUAUACGCCCAGUGCCUGCUUCUCGACAUUGUAAAAACUCUCCAUUUAUAUUCAAGGAAUUGGAAAGCGCUUCUCAUGUUUUCCUGAGAGACGAUACCAUCCGCAGGGCAUUGCAGCCGCCAUAUACAGGUCCAUAUAGAGUAUUAGAACGCUCCCCUGAUGGGAAAACGUUCACACUGUCCAUAAAAAAUAACAAAGUUGUCGUGAGUGUAGACAGACUUAAGCCGGCUUUCAUAGAUCACAUUGAUGAUGAACGGAAGCAAGCCGAGCCUUUGUCUUGUCAGCAAAAUCAAGCCUUACGGCCAAUGGAUCUGGAAAAUCCGCCGCUGUUGCCGCUGUCAAUUCCAAUAAAAAUUCAAGGGCUCUCAACUGGCGUAUCUUUCUCCGUGGGGGUGUGGUGUGGUGAAUGGUUUUUCACACACAGAUUAACAACGGGAGACGUCCGGAAAAAAAGAAAGACAGGCUGUCAGAUUGAGGGAAAAAUGUCAUGAGAUAAAAAUUUGUGUUUUACGUUUUUAAAAGGUUCAAAGGAUAAAAACCAAUUGAUUGUUAAUGUAUACGAUUUUAAGGUGCGUGUGGAAUAAAUAAGUGCUUCCUA